CCCCCUUUCUGCCUCCAUGUUGGGAAGGUCAGCCGAGAGCGAAGGGGGAGGAGAGGAAAAGGAAAGCCUGUCAAGCCGCCCCCUCCUCGCCGCGGACCCCGAGCCAACCGCCCUGACCCACCGCGGGCGACAGCGAACCCCACUCCCCCGGCCUCCCUCUCCGGACCCCGCCUGGACUUCAUGCUGAGGCAGCGCAGGACGAGCCAGGGAGCCGACCCGGCCUCGGACACUCGGGGCAGCCUGAGCGAGCCCAGCGAGGAGCUAGCGGCCGGAUAGGCGGAGAGCGGCCAGCACUGCAGCCAGGAGAGCGCCGGCCAUGGACAGCACGGCCAUCAUCACCCAGGUCGCCAACCCCAAGGAGGAGGGCAUCUUGUCUUGUGCCCAGGAGAAAGUAUCCCAAUGCAAUAUCAGCUUGAAGAAGCAGCGGAACCGAAGCAUCUUCAGCUCCCUCUUCUGCUGCUUCCGCAGCUACAACGCCGAGCCGCCGACCUCGAAUAACAACACGAGCCCCCUCCCCCCGUCCGUGGAGGAGAAUGGGGGCGUCCAGAAGGGCGAUCAGACGCAGGUCAUUACCAUUCCAACUCCGCCUACGAAAUACCUCCUGCCGGAGCAGCCCGGAUCGGAUUGUGGAAAGAAAUGCGUGGUCAUAGAUCUGGAUGAGACAUUAGUACACAGUUCAUUUAAGCCUAUUAAUAACGCUGACUUCAUUGUCCCCGUUGAGAUUGACGGCACGAUACAUCAGGUGUACGUCCUGAAGAGGCCGCACGUGGACGAGUUCCUUCAAAAAAUGGGCGACCUGUUUGAAUGCGUCCUCUUCACAGCCAGCCUGGCCAAGUACGCUGACCCCGUGGCAGACCUGCUCGAUCGCUGGGGGGUCUUCAAGGCGAGACUCUUCCGGGAAUCCUGCGUGUUCCACCGAGGGAACUACGUGAAAGAUCUGAGUCGCCUGGGGCGAGAGCUGAGCAAAGUGAUCAUCAUCGACAACUCGCCAGCGUCGUACAUCUUCCACCCGGAAAACGCCGUCCCGGUGCAGUCCUGGUUCGAUGACAUGACGGACACAGAACUGCUGGACCUCAUUCCUUUCUUUGAAGGAUUGAGCAAAGAGGAGACUGUCUACAACAUGCUCCACAAGCUCUGUAACAGGUAGCCCCUCGAGUGCCGGCCCCCCUGCGGACAGCAGCUACAGACUGAAUGCUACCUUUUUAGCGAGCUCUACGCCUCUCCGCCCUCGCACGUCUGCAAAGAAUCCUAAACGGCGUACAGAACAAACUCUGUCGAUCCAAGACGCUCCUCCGACGCGUGGCAGGGACGCUGCGGGACCUUUUUCAGGACUCCCUCCGUCUCACGAUAACAAAACUUUCCGCUGCUGCGGGGUGAUGGCCGUUUUCUUUUUUUUUUUUCUUUCUUUACCAUCCUCUGCGGUUCCUCCAGCGCAGAAGAAGUUACUGAUCAACGGAGAGACGAAAAAAAAAAGAGAGAUUCUGACUAUUUUUUAAAAAACAAACUCUUUUCACUAAUUUUCAUAAAAUUGAUAAGAACUUUUCAGGCUUUUAUAAAGGAAAAAAAAAACACCAAAAGAAAAAGAUCCGACGGAAUAAAAUAGCGUGAAGCUCGCAGCAUUUACACUUUAUUCCCCCCCGCGAUUGGUCGAUAUACUAUGCAGACCAUAACCCUUCUGGCAAAGAGCAGUUGAGCUGACUCUGAUUUUUUUGUUUUUUGUUUUUUCUUCCCCUGCAGACUGAAGUGCCUUUACGAGUGUUGCUUUUAAGAGAAAAAGUUACAUUUUUGUACUCGACAAAUUUACAGACCUGUAACCUUUUUAACUUCUA